GAGUAACCUAACUUUUUGGCGCGUUUUCGGCAUCCAAAGUUGCUUGAGUGUUGUGUUCUCCGUUGGUAUCUCUUUGGGGCUUUUUCUCGUGUAGCCCCCUCAAUCAAUAUUAUCCGUGUUUGUUGUUUUAGUAUCUUGACACACUCCCGCACACCCACACAGUACCUUAUCGUGGCAUCCAAGGUAUUUCGGUGAUAAAAAGGGAACAAAGAAAAAUGACAACUCAGAUGCCCCGGCGACGUUCAGCUCUGCAAGAGCUUUCAGCCACUUCUGACAAUCUCUUCCUGGACGACUCCCUCCUGGACAGUCCCAAUAGCAAUUUGUCACGGAGUUUUGUGUCUCCAGUGCCAUCACCCGAUGAGAUUAUCAUCAGACAGCGUGGGCGACGAAGUAUCUCCCUGACUUGGUCACCUGGCCAAGAGAAAACCAACGGAAAGAAGUCCCCAAUGAAGACACCCACAAAGAAUAUGUCCCAGAUGGUCCUACGGAGUUCUCCUCGCAAGAGACUUCUCAUGUCUGAUGGGAAAUCGCCGGUUUGUCCCAAGAUGAUCCUCGAGGACACCAAGAAGCUUCGAAUUGAGGAGAAAUCCGUGGCACAGAUCAACACACAGACACCACUAUCGACAUAUCUCAAGGGAUACAGUCAGGAGCAGUUGGUUAUGAUCAUCCAGAAGCUCGUCCGGGACAAUGACACCUUGGAAAAGGCCAUUCGCAAUGAACUUCCCGUGCCAGACAUCAAACCCUUCGAAAGCCAAUUGAUCUUCAUCAAGAAGAGCAUCUAUCGGAGCUUGCCAUCAUCGAGGCUGGUGAAGAAGAAUGACAGUGUUUCCUACUCCCGGGCAGCUCUGCAUCUGGCUGCUUUCAAGAAAGCCAUCUCCGAUCAAUCAACCAUCCUCAGUCAAUCCCAGCACUUUGACGCCCUCCUGGAUUAUAUCCUCAUGGCCUGGCCAAUUGUCAGGAACACCCCAAUCUGGGAGAAUCAUUCGCACAAUGCCGUCAGACGACACUGCUUCAAGCUCCUCGCCUUCCACUGCAAAGCAUCCCUGCAGCAAGCCGGAGAGCAUCUUGGCGAGGAGCGCCUGAGCAUCCUAGCAUCCCAGAUCAACGAAAUGAUCACAGACUGCGAGAGUAUGUCUACCUGCCUAUCGACUCUGGAGUACCUUACCAAAGUCCAGGAAUAAAAUUGCCAUUUUCCAAAAGAAAAGAAAACAAAAAACCUUUCCGGAAUUAUUUACUCGCCCCUGCAUCCAUUGAUUCCCCCUCUUGACUAAUUUAGUGUAAUUUGUAUUAUACGUCUUGAAAUACAGUGUAAUAUUACCCAAA